UGGAAACGGGAGACGUUUCGAGAAAAAGGGCUAAACGCCUCGGCUCGGGGAAAUAGUAAAGGGGAAGCAAACUUCCUGUGCCACGCUGGAAACUCCGCCAUCCCUACCGGGUCACUUCUGUCCAUCUGCAAGAGACACUGAGGAGAGAGAGAGAGAGUGACUUUGCUGCCAUGCUGCUAACUGCUGCUCUGUGUUUAUCAUUGAUCUCGAUGGUCAGCCCAUCCACAUCCCAGCAGCCCCCAACCACAGAUGAUCCCCAGCAGAAGAUCUUUUUAUCCCUGAGCCACCCCAGUUGGGCCUUAGGGCUACAAGUGUACAGGGCUCUCCGUAGUAAAGGUUCUCACGUAAACACGCUGAUUUCUCCUGUACUGCUCGCCAACUCACUGAGAGCGUUGAGCCAUGCAGCCAAGGGAGCCACAGCUAGGCAGCUCCAGGAGCUCAUAAAGACUGACAAGGAUGAAAAACAAGCUGAGAAAUCCUCAUCCAGUCCACUUAAAUCCAUCAGGAAAGCAAAUGGAACUAGCUAUACACUGCAUGAUUCCUCAGCUAUCUUCUCCAAACAGGUUCCUAGACUGGAGAGCGGCAUCCUGGAGAAGCUGCAGGCCUGGUUUGAACUGGACCAUGUGGCUUUAGGUGUAGGGGAUAAACAGGGAGAUAUGGAAAAGCUCAGUUCUUGGGCCAAAAAUGGAAUGGGAGGAGUAAAGGAGGUGCCACUGAAUGAAGAACCAGAUGUUAAAGAAGGAGCCCUGAUUCUGGCCAAUGCCCUUCACUUUAAAGGUUUUUGGGAUCAUGACUUUGACAAAGAAGAUCUACGAAGCUUUUUGGGGGUCAAGUACACCAAAGUGCAUAUGAUGCACAGAGAAGGGUUGUACCGUCACUAUGAAGACAUAGAGAAUAUGGUGCAGGUGUUGGAGCUGGGACUGUGGGGUGGAAAGGCCAGCGUGGUGGUUCUGUUGCCUUUCCAUGUGGAGAGUCUGGCCAGGCUGGAGCACGUUUUGACACUCGAGCAGCUGGAGAAAUGGCUGGGGAAGAUGAGCAGCAUGAAUAUGGCACUGUCUUUGCCCAGGGUCAAUGUCAGCAGCACACUCAGCCUACAGAAGCAGUUAGCCGCACUGGGUGUGGUCGAUGCCUGGGACCAAACGGUGGCAGACUUCUCAAGUCUUGGGAAUGGCAAGCCUUAUUUGGCAGAUGUUCUUCAUUGGGCAUCCCUGGAACUGGCGUCUGAUUCAGGCAGGCAGGAUAGCGUAGAAGAUGAACAGCACGCGGAGAAGCCCAAACUUUUCUACGCUGAUCAUUCUUUUAUUAUCCUGGUAAAGGAUAAGAGCACUGGAGCUCUUCUGCUAUUGGGAGCACUGGAACUGGCAGAAGGAGCUGCACUGCAUGAUGAGUUCUAGAGGAUGGAUGGUGUACGGAUAAUAAUUUAGUUUUUACUUAUUCAAAUAAAAUGGACCACCAAAGACAGGAACAAUCCAAUUAAUUUGUUCAGUGAACAGUAUACGCAUAGUAUAUAUAUAUAUAUAUGUAUUUCUUAAAAUAAAUAUAGAAUGUAAUGAGCAAGUAAUUAUAGGUCCAAUUUUACAGUAAAAAAAAAAUUGUGGGUGGGACGAGAAGACAUGAUUAAGGGUCAGCAGAAGCUCGUAUUAUUUCUAACACCUAUCGAGCUCCAUUAAAUGUGCAAAGAGGAGCUAAUGGAAGGUGUAAAACGAUUUAUUAGAGCUCGGAAAAUCUGGGCGAACAAUUUCACCCAGGCUGAACCUGGAACUCGUUCCAUUAUUGUAACAAACGGGCUCACCAUGAGUGCGCACCAGGCAUUCACACACUGAUGGUGCCCCCGGAGAGAUUAAUCCUUUCACACUUGUGAAAUAUUUAGUGGAUUGUUCUCAGAUCUUUCUGUGAUAGUGUGUCACUUUUACUUAUAUUCACAUUGCCAUCCUGACACCGCUCCUUGUCUCAUUUUAACACUCGGAGAUCUUAACACCCACUCAACAAGGUGACGGGAUCUUUUCUACCAAAAACAACACUGAUACACCCAAAGUUGGCAAGCUCACCCAAACCAAAAGCGAGGGGUGCAUUUAUUUUCUUGCCUCAAACCGUUCUCGAGCUAAGCGAUCUGACAGUUGCACUGAACUCUGACCUGGGAUGGGCUUGUUUAUUCCUCUCUGUUUUGCUCUCUGUCUAAGUUGUAACCAGAUAGAUUGGGAGCUCCAUGGGGUGAAGUUCUAAGCUGGUUUGCCGAUUCCCACUCCAGGAGCAGCCCCCUGGGAGAAGGGUUGCUCAACCAAGCUGUUAUUGAUGGGAUCAGCUUAAUACUAAUGACGCUAAUGACUUGAGACUACUGUCAACACCACAGGCAGGCGAUAAACCUUUAAUCUUUUAAUGCCUCCUCGGAUCAAUAGAGGCCAUGCCCUUGUGCCACCCGUCUCCAUUUAGAGUGGAUUGGAAUGACAUUUAAAAUGCUGUUUGUGUUUAAUUUUUUAUAAUGUGUGUUUUUUUUUUACCUUUAUAAUUGAGUGUGCUAUAUGUUAUUUAAUGUUGUGAACAAACAAUAUGUCACUAUGUAAACAAUAGGUAUGAAUGACUUGUUAAUGAACUGUAUGGCAUGUAUGU